GUGGGUAUGUGUGAGUGUGUGAGUGUGAAUGUGUGUGUGAAUGUGUGUGUGUCUGUGUAUUGUGUGUGUGUCAAUGUAUGUAUGAAUUUGUGUGUAUUGCGAGUGUGUGUGAAUGUGUAUGAGUGCCUGUGCGUAGUGUGUGUGUGAGUGUGUGAGUGAGUGUGUGUAUGAGUGUGUGUGAGUGUGUGUAUGAGUGUGUGCCUGUGUCUGUCUAGCGGCUGUUGGCUGUGAUUAUGUGUGGUUGUGAGUAUAUGUGUGUGAAUGUGUGUAUGAGUGUCAGUGUUGUAAUGUGGAUGAGCAUGAGUAUGACUGUGUGUGUAUAUCGUUGUGGCAGUGUGUGUUGUGUUGUGAGUGUGAGUGUGAGUGUGCUGGGACCAGGUUCUAAGUUCAGGGUGGCCCUCCGCUCCGCCCAGCUACCUUGCCCCGCCAGGAUUCAGAGCCGCGGGGCGGGAUCACAUCAGCCUGAGGACUAUUUAAAGAGACCACCCGCUGCUCCAGACCCGCGGCAGUUGCUACAGCCUCUCCUGCACCAACCAUGGAUCCAGAGACCCCUAAAGGAGUUCCCGAUGGAGAACCCACGGAGCUGACGGUGGACGACAUAACCAGCACGUCGGUGACCGUGAACUGGAACUCGCCCAAGCACAUUGGCACGAGCGGCUUGGCAGGAUACAUUGUGGAAUACUGCGUGGAAAGCACUCAGACCUGGGUGCCGGCCAACAAGGAAUUGACCACGAAGAACGUUCUGGUGAUUAAAAACCUGACAGAGGGAGACAAGCUGAAGGUGCGGGUAAAGGCAGUUCAUGGCAGUGGUGGCAUCGCCACAGCUACCUUCCCGGACACCAUCCUCGUCCAGCAGCCCAUCGCUCGCCCCAAGAUCCGUUUACCCCGCAAUCUCAGGGACACUUACAUUCGGAAGGUUGGACAGAAGUUGAACCUGUCCAUCCCAAUCCAUGGCAACGUGAAACCCACCAUCUCAUGGACCAAGGAUGGGCAGCCUCUGCCUUCUGACCGGGUGAGUGUCUGUGGUACUGCUAAUGACGCCAUCCUCUUCAUCAGGACGCUGGAGAGGAAGGACUCGGGCAAGUACAAACUGGUGGUCCAGGUGGAUUCAGCAACAGAUGAAGUGAUCAUUGAUAUCCAGGUCAUGGAGAAGCCUGGACCUCCACAGAACUUGAAGCUGGCCAGUGUGUGGGGAUGCAAUGUGACCCUGCAGUGGCAACCCCCCAAGGAUAACGGAAACACCGAGAUCAGUGGUUACACCAUUCAGAAGUCCGACAAGAAGACGGGGGAGUGGUUCACCGUGAUGGAGAAAUCGCACGCCACCACCUACACCAUCUCUAACCUGGUGAUGGGGAAUCACUACAACUUCCGUGUCUUCUCUGAGAACCUCUGUGGACUCAGCGAAACAGCAGCACUCUGCAAGGACACUGUCUAUGUCCCCAAAGAGGGUACAAAGUACAGCCCACCUGUAUAUAAGGGGAAGGACUUCACCGAGCCCCCUAAAUUCACUCAGCCGCCAGUGGACAAGACCACCACAGUGGGAUUUACCACCAAGCUCUUCUGCAGUGUAAGGGGUAAUCCCAAGCCCAAAAUCAGCUGGUUGAAAAACAAGGCCUUGCUUGAGGAGAACCCAAAGUUCCGGAUUCUAACCAACCAGGGCAUCUGCACCCUGGAAAUCCGCAAGCCGUCGACUUUUGACGGGGGCGUCUACACGUGCAAAGCUGUGAACAUGUUGGGAGAGGCAGCAGUGGACUGCAGGCUUGAUGUGAAGGCUGUUUCUGUGGCCCAGUGAUAUGUGGACCUAACGGAACAAGCAGAUGCGUUUCUUGUCAGCUUUCUCCCGCCUUGAUAACAUUGAAGAAAUGUCCUCCCGCUGCUGGAAGGUCGGCCACUAUUUAGAAUCACAGAGAACAUUGUGUGUCCCUGAGUUGUGCAGUCGGUCAAAUCUCUCUUCACGUGUCUGUACCCUGACAUUUUAAAGUGUGUGACUUUAGUCAGGUGUCCUGACAUUGAGACUUGGCAAUGAACGAAUCUACAAAUAAAAAACUAUAAAACGUU